AUGACCACCGUGUGUGCGACACCCAAUUCUCCCCCCGAGCUCUCCGGCUCCAAAUCCUCCAAAUCCUCCUCCUUCCAUUCCUCCUCUCACCUGGACGGCCCGGACAGUGCCUUCACGGAUAUCUCAAAUUUCGAAGAUAUCGGCUUGGAGGAUGAUGCCGAUUUAUCCUACAUGGAGCCAGUAGGGUCAUACGGCCGCGCUGGGGCGAUGGCCCGGUCGCCCGCUGCAAGAAUGAUCACAACUCGCGACUUGACCGCUACCCCGAAGCCGCGAAAGCGAAGUCCCUUACCGCCGAUGAAAGGAGCAAAACCCCCUCAAUCCGGCUCUCUCAUGGCUAAGGCUGGCAACCGCCGAGAUUCAGGUAGCACGCUGCAAUCCCCCGGUUUGACACCAUCUCAGCCUCGCCGAUCUCGAUCUGUCUCCCCACUCCGCCCGACCUCCAGUCGCUCCACCUCGAGCACCAGUCUGGCUUUGUCUCCGCUGUCCGCGCGAGCACCCGUUCACAAGCAAACCUGGCAACCGAAUCGCAAAUCGCUCAAGGACCUGGAGGAAGAAUAUCACGACUCGGAUGACGAACUACCAGACGACGCAAGCUUGUGGAACAUCCCCAUUUCACCACGCCCAGUGCAAGAGCGAGCGCCUUCCCGACCUGCUAGUCCCAAUGGGCGCAGUCCCGGCCGCCGGCCACUGCCCAUCCAGCAUACCAUUUCGCAAGAGCAUGUUACCAAACUGCCCGAGGACACGGCCAAAGCAUCCCGCAUGAAGCGUACACCGCGAUCGAGCUCCGCAGGACCGGAGCGUGGUCAGUUAUCGCCACGCAAUCCCCGCACCUAUUCGUACAACAGCUAUCUGUCGGAUUUGUCCGAAGAGGCGAAGAUCAUCACCGAGGCUCUGGAGCUCCAUGCCGAUGAUAGGAACCGCCAGCGCGAGGAGAAUGUGCAAACGGGUGCUUCGCGGAAGUCGAGCGAAGACUCUCAUCGAGCGUCUCUUGAUGCCACUGCUUUGCCGCCUUUGCAGAAGACCAAUAUCAUGAUCGAUCCGUUACCAAUUAGCAAAGAGAAAGAGAAGGUUCUUUCGCGGACCCGCCCCAGCUGGCUUCCGCCUAAGGAUCAGAAAGAGGAGAAAAAGCAUCUCAGGCAGUAUCAGGAAAUGAUGGCCCAGUCUCGGGAGUCUGGUACGUAUUCAAGCAAUAUCUUGGACCAGUAUGACGCCGUGCUAACCAGCAUUCUAGAAAAACGCAAAGCCGCCAAAGAUGCAUCUGCGCAGUGCCACAAGGACAGCACCCGCGCAACCUUACAAAACAUCUGGGACGAAUACGUUACUCCAAACUGGGAGAGCGCCCUCCGUGAGCCUCGCAUCCGUGAGCUCUGGUGGCGUGGAAUCCCCCCACGCAACAGAGGUAGCAUCUGGCAGCGCGCGAUUGGAAAUGAGCUAGCUCUAAGCGAAGAAACAUUCACCAAAGCGCGCCAACGAGCCAAAGACCUCCGCACCAAGAAAGACGCCGAAAGCGAAACCAACAAGCGCCUCCAAGACUGCUUCGACGCAAUCGACACCGACGUCCCAAAAGCAUUCCCAGACCUAAACCUCUUCCAAAAAGGCGGGCCCCUCCACCCCAUCCUCAUCGACGUCCUCCAGGCAUACUGCAUGUACCGCAGCGACGUCGGCUACAUCCACGGCCUGCACACCAUCGCUGCCCUCCUAGUCCUUCAAUUCCCCACCCCCGCCUCCGCCUUCCUAGCAAUGGCCAACGCCCUCAACCGCCCCUUACCAGUCGCCUUCCUAACCUGGGACCGUGGCGCCAUGGCCCGCUCCUACACCCUCGCCUCCGACACCCUGCGCUACAAAUUCCCCCGCCUAUACACCCACCUCACUCAGGCAAUGAACCUCUCCGACGAAGAGCUAUGGGAGCCCAUCUUCCGCUCCCUACUAACAAACGGCCUCGACCUCGAGCGUCUCUCCCGCGUCUGGGACUGCUGGGUCUUCGAAGGCGACCGCAUCAUUAUCCGCUCCGCAGUCGCCAUUCUAGGUGGCUUACAGGCCCAACUCUUCUCUUUCCACGAAAGCACCGAGGAAAACCGUCUCGUCGUCCGCGACAUCCUAGGCUGGGGCCCGCGCCAUGUCGGUGCUAAUACCGCGAAGCCGAAAGAUCGUCACAGCGCGCCUGCUGCGGCUGGCUUCGCCGGCGGCCAGAUUGAGAAUCCUGGUAUCGCGGAUUAUUGGGUUCUUACUGCUGCUGGGAGCGAGGAUGGGUUUAUGAAGGCUGUUAGGGAGGCUGGGAAGGUCCGUCAGCAGCAGCAACCGCCGGCUUGA